AUGGACCAAGACAGUAUACAAACCAGGCCUCCAGAGCCAAUUACUAUCACAGUCCUGAGGGCAAGGAACUUGAAAGGGACAAAGGCUGACAGUGUCCAAGUGAUGGUAAAGGUGGAAUUUGGAGAGAAAACCCUUGGAGAUUCUCCAAAAGUGGAGUGUUCUCCUGAAGCACCAGCUGAACUCAACUUCAGCACCACCAUCAAUUGUACCUAUGAUGACCCUUUGGCCUUGGAUGAAAUAGCUCACAAACCAGUUGUCUUGACAGUCAUUGAAGGUUUGCCUAAAGAGAAGAAACAGAAGGAAGAAAAGACAGCAUUGUUGGGACAAUGCACUGUUGACUUACUUCCACUUGUCAAAGGUGAGACAAAACACAAGUAUACAUUAGUGGUCAACCCCUUGCCUGGUUCACCUCUGGAAGGAAUCCCACCUGAGCAUGCCAAGCCCGAGCUGGAUGUUGUGGUUUCCGUCAAUGAGCCACUGAUGGACUCACCCCAGGCCAGUGCAGGAAACUUGAUGACAAUUACUAUGGAAUCACUGCUGUCCCCUCCAGAGUCCUGGACAUUAGCUGGUUCCCAGUACUGCUAUGCUGCUGCACUGCCCAUCCCAGUCACUGCUGAGAAAGAGGCACCAAUUAUUUUUGCUGGUGGAGCACUGAAGCCAGGUGCUGACAAGGAAGUUCCAAACAAACAGAAGAAGUGGGCCAUGCCAGGAUCUGCCACAGGCAAUGCUGUUUAUAUUCCUGACUGCUAUAUCUCCAAUGACAGUAUAGAAGAUGAGGAUGGAGAACUUCGUGCCAAAGAGGACAGAGAUCACAGGAUGAUUUCCGAGUCUGAGAAACUUCGAGUUCCAUGGAAUACAGAAAGGAGAUGCUACAUGGAAAAUUCAGCUGUAAGAAGUUUCCAAGACAAGAUUGCCAAAUGUCGCUAUUGGCCUGUUGAGAUAAUGAGACUACCACCUCCAGCUGCAAACAAGGGCAAGAAGCAUGCAGCUAGUCGCCAGGGAAAUCCUGGUGCUACAGGGAAGUCAAAGGAAGAGGAAGGUUCUAUCAGUUACCAUGGUGUGGCUUACAUCAACCUAGCCCCUCUGCUGUAUCCUGGAGUGAAGAGAAUUCGAGGUGCUUAUAGGGUGCAUGCCUAUACUGACCAUGCUUUACAUGAGAAGACCAAGAGAAAGAAUGGUUAUGGUGAAGAGGCUGGAAGGAUAGCAUUUAACAUCCUCAAUCGUAACAGUGCUUCGCCUUUCCCAAAGAAAACAGGGAAAGAAAAGGAUGAGAAAAAGGAAAAAGAAGUUAAGAAGGGGGCUUCUCAGACAAUCAAGUCAGACACUGGAUCUGAGGUGGACGGCCAAGCACCUGUCAAUGUAGAAGGUCAGCAGUAUGUAGAUUCCAAGUCCUACAUCACACUGGAAAUCUCUCUGACCAGUCCCCUUAUCCCGAAACGUCCCCCAGAGGAGCUCGCCAGACGAGUGGCAGAAUACAUCCCACCCAGACCACUGUUUCCCAAGCGCACUGAUGGAGCACAGAGGUCAGUGGAAGACUUCCAUAACCAAGUUGCCAGUGUAGCUAACCUGAUUUUGGAUGAAUUCAGGGAUCAGUUUGGUGAUGAACUGAAGUUAGAUGAACCUGUAGAGUCUAACGACAGCAUGGAGACCAGGAGACAGAAACUGAUCUAUGAGCUGAACUCGUCUGGGAAGUACUUUGCCUUUAAGGAGCAGCUGAAGCAUGCUGUGGUGAAGAUUGUGAGAGAGAAGUAUCUAAAGACCACCACCUUCGAUAACAGACAGGAACUCCAGACCUUCCUGAGCGAGCUGUAUGUCUACCUGAUAGACCAGAUGCAUGUUGCUUUGGGCAGAAGCUUGGCCCUUGAGGACCAACCACCUGUGCCCACUCCUCUUACAGACUCUGCUCAACUCAAGCACUUUGCCCGUGAGGCAGAGGUCAAUGAGAACUUUGAACUGGCUACUAAGUACUACCAAGAAAGAAUUGCCCGCAACAAGAAUGAUCCUACCAAUUGGUUUGAGUAUGGCACAUUCUGUCUGUACAUCAACGACAUCACAAAAGCUGAGGAAUGCUUUAAGGAGUGUAUCGCCAUUGACCAGAAACACCUGCAGGGACUGCUGCUGUAUGGCGUUGUGUGUACUUUGUUGGAGAAACACGAAGCCGCCGAGACAUUCUUUGAAGCAGCAACAUGUGUUGAUCCUCGUAGCAUCCUCGCCUGGACCAUGCUAGGUUUGUUUUAUGACACGGUGAACAAUGAGAUUGGGGCAGAAAUGGCAUACAUUGAAGCAAACAAGCUGAAUCAGGCGGCUGCCUGGUCCUCUGUCCGACAACAGAGGGAGGAAGAGAUGGCUAAAGAAAAGAAGGAUAUGGACGUUACUGGGGAAGAACUUGAGGCCCCACCUCCUGGGGACCAAGGAGGACUGGCUCCUCCCACAGCUGUUGCAUCAGACACCAAACAGCCAUCCCCACCCUCGAGUGAGAAGCCUCCAACCUCUGCCAGGUCUGGAGGUGGUCGUUCGAUGUCUGACAGGAGACAGUCUGCCACACGAAGAUCAGAACCUCACCUACACCCUGACAAUUCCGGCACAGGGAGCAAACUAAAGAGUGACAGUAGCAUGUCACGUCCUGGAAGUCAACUGAAGCUUGGUAGUCAAAGAGGUACACCACAGCCUGCUGAUGACACCCAAGAGGAACCACCCCCAAGGGAGCCCACUCCCAUCCCUAAGUCCAGUGUGUACAUGCAGGCCAUUGAUUGGUUGCUUGAGGUCAAGGCAGUACCUUUCACAGAGAGGGCUUUAGCCCAUGAGCUGUUAACACCCACAGGUGGCCCAACCUCUAGCUACCAUAUCUGUUAUGCUCGUCUCAAACUACAGAAGAAGGAGUUCAGCGAUGCAGAGGAGAGCCUCACUGAAGCACUUCAGUUUGACCAUCAGAACCCUGAUGCCUGGGCAUUGUUAGGUCAUGUAAAAUAUAUGACAGGAGACACAACCAAUGCAAGGGACUGUUAUGAACGCACCAUAUCCUUUGUGUCAGAUGCUUCAGAAAUGCAUUCGAUCUACCUACGUCUGGCAUCCAUAUACUUACAGGAUCGCAAGUUUGAAGAUGCCAAAAAUACAUUCCUGCUGGCAUGUAAGAGGUCUCCUUCCUGUGUGUCCUGGUUAGGUGUCGGUAUAGCCUGCUACAGGCUGGAUGAACUCUCAGAGGCGGAGGAUGCUCUGUCAGAGGCAAAUAUCCUAAACAACACUGACCCAGAGGUGUGGGCUUACCUUUCAUUGGUUUGUCUCAAGACUGGACGCCAACUAGAGGCAGAACAGGCUUACAAAUAUGCUCUGAAGGUAAAUCUGCAAGAUCAGGAACUACUGACUGAGAUACAGGAGGUACAACAAGCAGUGGGAUUUGGCAAUCCAGAAUUUUAAAAUCAAUAGACUCUUAUGAAUAUUUAUAUGAACUACAAUCCUUUAUAAUCUAUUUUUAAACUACUGUGCUACCCUAAAAGCAAGGUCAAAAUCACAAGAAGAACUGAAGAGGAUUACAAAAGGUGAUGGGAAUACUAUUGAGUAUCAAAGGAUUUAAAUCAUAUUAAAAAAACAAAGCAGGAUAUAUAUAUCAAAUCAAAUAUCAUGCAGAACAAUUGGGAAAGGGGAAGAUAUUUUUCCUGGUGUUUGCAGAAUUACACAUUUGAUGGGUGAGAAUUUUAUAUGUUGCUAUGGAACAAUUCAGCAAAAACAAAUUACAAACAUGACAUAAAUUGAAUAAUUUAAUAGGAUAACUGAUGAAAAAUUUGCAUCUAUUGAAGACAAAUUAAAACAUGUAGCUACUGUAUACACUUGUAUUUCAUACAUUAAUUUGUAAAUGAUU